AGCCUACCUGUCAAUAGAGACACGCCCAUGGUUAUAAAAUGAAUGAGUGAGUGCUUCAAGUGCACCAUAGCCAUAUCCCACCUGUCCCGCUGCAGCCACACCAGGUUGUCUUGGAAAUAGACUAAAACAUCAAGUAAUUUCAGAGACCUCUCUAGUCAAGCGGAUACGAAACGGUACUAUCAGUUACUCUGUCACUCCCAUCAUGGAAGCUCUGCAGAAGUCUAUGCAAAAAAACACUCCCAAAGCAAGUUCUCAUGCGAUGUGGUGGGGUACAUUGGGCACUGUGCGACCCUUCCCCAACUUCAACUCAGAGAAGGAUGCCCGCGACAUUCAAACUGCCCUGGAGAGCAAAGACAGUGAUGUGAACACUUUGGUGAGAAUCCUGACCAAUCGAAACAAUGUUCAGAGACAGAGCAUUGCAGAGUCCUACCGUAACCUCACACAGAAGGAGUUAUGUCCUGCCCUGAAGAAAGCUCUGUCAGGGGGGCUGGAGCAACUCAUGCUGGGGCUGAUGAUGACCCCCUCUCAGUUUGACGCCCAUCGCCUCAGACAGACCAUAGAGGGUAUUGGUACAGAUGAAGAGAGUCUAUUGGCUGUGUUGUGUACCAAAUCACCACAGCAGCUUAAAGAUGCCACUAUUGCCUACAAACAGGAGUUUGGACGUUACUUGGAGAAUGAUCUUAUCAGUGAGACUAGUAAAGACUUCACUAAGCUGGUACUGGCCAUACUCAAGAAGGAGGAGCUGAAUUCAAAGGAGAUGGUUGAUUAUCAGCUCAUUGACCAGGAUGUUAAGGCUCUGAAUGAUGCUGUGAAUGGUAAGAAAAAGGACCCAGCUCCCUGGAUUCAGGUGUUAACCACGAGAGACUCAAACCAUCUCAACAGAGUGCUAUCCAGGUUGGAGGAUUUGAGAGGGGAGACUGUGGAUAAAACAGUACAGAGUCACUUCUCUGGGGACCUGAGGCUUGGCUUCCGCACUCUGGUUGGCUCCAUCCCAAGUAUUCCUUUGUUCCUGGGCCAGCGUCUACACAGCAACAUUAAGAAAGGCAGUUUAGUGCAGGGGAUUCUUAUCAGCCACAGUGAAGAGGACCUCCUCUGUGUGAGAAUCGAGUAUCGCAGACUGACCAACACUUCACUCUACUCUACAUUGCAGAAAGAAUACAAAGGAGAGAUGCAGCAGGCUCUCCUAGCCUUGUGUCGAUCUGAAGACCUGUAAAGGAAGAAUACCUUUUAACCUACAUACAGUACAUAUUAUUUCUGUUGUUGUAACCUAAGAACUGGUAUUAUGUCGCUCCAUUAAACAAUUUACACGUC